CGAAAGGUGCGCCAAAUUUGUGCAGUUAAACCAUCAAGUUUAUCUUUUCCAUUAGAAAAAAAAUUGUACUAUAAAUUUAAAAUAAACGCAGCUGGGAUUACUGGUAUGUAAAAAGGAAAACGGCCAUUUUAUAAGUAGUGCUAAAGGGUAUUCAGGAAAAGCAUUGAAGCUGGCAUGACUUCUUUACAGUGUGCGGUUAAUUGGUAGAAAUACAGAAGACGUGACGUCAUUACGUACCGUGUGACGCUUCGGAAAGGAUAAACAAAAAGGAAGGAAGCCUUCGGCUAGACAAUCGCGGCAAAAUUUGUUCAAAUUUUACAUCGGAAGCUUUACUUAGUCACUACAUGCACCUUUUUGUUGCUUAAACUGUUACCGUUAGGCGUUCACAAUCAUGGACGACUCGUUACUGUUUCGUAUGAGUGCAUUUUCAGAUCAAGGAGGGAGAAAAUACAUGGAGGAUGUUAUCGAAAUCAGAAUCGAGUACGAGCCGACGGCGUCAAGAGACGAAUGUUAUCCCAAGUCGCAGAGACAUGGCGGGCAGGGGAAAACGGAGAACGGAGCUGCCCCACAGACUGUAACCGAGCCACAUGGCGUUGGCAGAUUAGGUCCAGCCGCCACAGCGUGGGUAGAGAGCUUAUCAGACGAGGACAUUUGCAGCAUCGGUACCCCGGCAUCGAGCGAGAAAGACGCAGCAGAGCAUGUUGUUGACACACGGAGGUCUGUGGCGUUUUUCGCCGUGUUUGAUGGCCACGGGGGCCGCGAAGCGGCGCAUUUCGCCAGCGAGCAUCUGUGGGAUCUGCUGAAGCGGCAGCGGGGCUUCUGGUCAAAGGAUCACAGCGAAGUGUGCGCCGCUCUACGGAAAGGCUUCGUCGCCUGCCACCACGCAAUGUGGAAGGAGCUGCAGUGGCCAAAAACUAUAACCGGUCUGCCCAGUACGUCGGGCACCACGGCCAGUGUCAUUGUGAUCCGGGGUGUACACAUGUACAUUGCUCAUGUCGGAGACUCGGCAGUAGUGGUUGGGGUGAAAGAAGACAACUCUGAUAUCAUGCUCCAGGCGCUUGAAAUAACGCAAGACCACAAACCCGAACUUCCAAAAGAAAAAGAAAGGAUUGAGCGGCUAGGUGGCAGUGUAAUGAAGAAGUCUGGGGUUAACCGUGUUGUGUGGAAGAGGCCGAGGCUGACGCAUAAUGGCCCCGUGAGGAGGAGUACUGUCAUAGACCAGAUCCCAUUCCUCGCUGUAGCUCGAUCCCUCGGCGAUCUGUGGAGCUACAACUUCUACAGUGGAGAGUUUGUGGUUUCUCCAGAACCUGAUACCACUGUGAUGACCCUCGAUCCCAAACGGCAUCGCUAUAUCAUUCUUGGCAGCGAUGGGCUGUGGAAUAUGAUGCCACCCAAGAAUGCUGUGAAUAUGUGUUACAGCCAUGACAAAAUGGCAGGACCAAAGGGAAUGUCUUGCGCCAGGAGGCUGGGAUGCACAGCUCUGCUGUUUUGGAAAGAGCGCAUGCUCCGUGCAGACAACACUACGGUCAUCGUCCUGGCCCUGCAGGAGCGUGGGGGCUUGUCCAUCCCCAUGCAUCGGGAUGAGAUUGUUGUUGACAUGGCGACGGGAAUCGACCAAAUUCCAUACCCUGGAACUCCGUAUAACACAUGCAAAAUCCAAAAGCCAACUGGUCCACCGGAAGCCUCCUCGCCAUUUACACAAAGUUCCCAAACACUGGAACAGGCCCUUGGGCUAUAUGAGGCAGCUUUCUGCGCCACCACACAGCUUUUACCUGACACGAACUCCACGCUGCGACCCGCAAACGAUUCGGUGGAUGUUUUCGAAAAGCAAGACCCGUCCUGCACCCAGCUGGACUGCGAUGGUUCUGCUCCUCCUUCAAAGAAGCCCUGCCGAUCAUCUCCCAGACUGCCUGAACUUAAAGGUCCUAAUACCUGGCUUGGCGGGCUUCCUAUCAAAGGUUGCUCCCAGAAGAAACUUCAUGGCAAAACAGACAGGGAACAAUCGCUUGAGUCUAACGACGCAGAAUCGGGCUCUUCUGAGGACGGGGGCAUUCUGCCGCAGCACAACACCUCUGCCCUGUGCGUGUGCUGAAUCUCGUCUCAGAAAAUCUGCACACCAGUUGCUAGAUGUAUACUUUUAUACAAAGUCUUUAUUUGUAUGUAAAUAUGUAAGAUGGAGGUCUUGUAAAUGUGUUGCUGUUCUGAUUUUCACCUUUUUGCUUUUCUCACCUGCCCAUUCCUUAAAUGUAAAAUCUCUCAAUUCUUAUUUUCAUACUUCUAAGUAUGUACAAUAAAGCUGUAUAUUUUAAAGAAAAUGCAUUCAUUUAAAGUGACUUGAGUUUGAACAAAAUUGGGACACACGCAUGCUUCCAUUUUUUAGUUUUUAUAAAUAGAAAUUAACUAUUUUAGAUUAAUUUUAUUCAACAAAGAGGCUAAAUGUUUCGUUGGCGGUGGUUAGCACCUCGGAUCAGCUGUUUGGUUUCAUGGAAUAUUAUCAUUUUGCUGAAUAACUGAAUGAGACAACCUCUUUGGUAUAUUCUUCACAGCAUAAGAAGAGGUCGGAUGUGUUUUUUUUUUUUUGCAGAUCUUUUGUAUUUUAUGUGUAAUUAUGACUAGUUAUGGCCACAGUUUUUAUUCAACUAUGUUUUCAUUUGUAUUUUAAAGAGUGGUCAGAAAACAGCAUUACAUAUUUUUCAGUGCAUCUCACUUUAUAAUUGUCAUUUAAGUGACCAUGUUAUUUUUGUAGCAUACCAAGCGCCUUCAUUUCGUUAGUUGUCAUCUGGGUUUAGAAAUGAAUUUGAGGUUUUUGCCAAACUUUGGACCUCACCAAACAUCAUCCGUUUAAGCUGUAGUGACAGGAAUAGAUGUUGGCCUUAUCAGGCAACACUGUAUUGUGUAAGCUAAUAUUAGAUCCUGUUCACACACACUACACUGCUGUUGUUCGGUUUCCUUUGUUUUUGUUGUUCUGUGUAUUGCUCAUGUGAAAGUUCUAACUUGUGUUACUACGGCAGCUCGGCUACUAAGCUAAAUGCAUUUUUGCCUUUAUUUAGCAAAAAAUGUCAUUGUUGCCUUAGCACAAAUGAGUGAGGUACAUUUUGUGUGUGUUCGUAUUUCAGAUCCAAAAUCAGGUAAUGGAGUGUGUUCAGUGUCUCAGCCAUUUUUCAUGGGCAUCCUUUUACUGCAGCACACCCACCCUGUUCAGUGUGCUCACUAUGGUUCAGAUGUUCAGAGCUUAUAUUUUGUACAGUCAGUAAAUAUGCUACAUGAGUUUGUACAGUACUGUAUUAUGCAACAUGUGGGGAUUUUUCUGGAUGGCAUGGUCAGCAUUAUGCUGUAUUUUGUGAUCUGUGUGUAUGGGGGGGGGGUUAAUGAAUGUUAACAGAGAUGUUAAUGGGUGUGUUUUGACAAUGGCAGUACUUGCUCAUGUUUACAGUAUAAGUUGCAUACUUUCAAAGUGAUGACAUAUAUAAAAUGUCUGUGUUGUAAUAAAAUUCUCGUUUUUUUAAAUGGUGA